GUGAACAAGCCCAGAGAAACAUGAAACACGUGAAAACAAGCACCAGAUGAGGAAUCAAGUUCAUGACUGGUGUUAUUGGCGACAUGUGAGAGAUUGACCAAAACAUAGGUUUACCUCACAUUUUGCCACAGAGUGUUUCUCUAUUGAAUGCAUUUCAGUUGCAUUUAUAUUUUGGUUUACUUACGGAAUUGAGACAUUACAGGAAAGGCAAGAUAUUCCUUUUAAAUCCGAUAGUUUAAAGAUGGUUUAGACAGAAGUCUCGAUUAUGUGAAGUACAGGUUAUGGCUAGUUGCAGUAAGGAGAGAAAAAGUUCUAAAAAGAAAAAGAAAGGGCGUGACGAAGACCGCGUACAAGUUUUAAAACAUUAUGACACAUUUUAUAGUCAAGCUCCACCUGGACUAGUCAAAGAGGAAGAAGAGCGUCCUGAGGAUUGCAUUCCUGAUUUACCGGAAAACAAAGAUGCAAGAGAGUUCCUUUCGAGAGCUCCAACUAAGGGUCUGUGGAUGCCUCUAGGAAAGGAAGUUAAAGUUAUGAAAUGUUGGAGAUGCAAAACCUAUGGUCAUAGAACCGGUGACAGAGAAUGUCCUUUGUUUGUUACUGGAAAUAAAGAGAUCGAAAAAUUUCGUUUUAUUCAUGAAGACCCAAUGCAUAAUUUCAUUUCUGAAAAACAAAAGGCUGAAAAGUUGGAAAGGGUAGAACAGUUGCGAGCUCUGUUGGCCUCAUCAGAUAGUUCAAGUUCAAGUUCAUCCUCUGAUUUAGAUUCAGAAAGUGAAAAAAGAAAAAGAAAACGGAAAAAGAAAUCUCGGCAUAAGCACAAAAAAAGAAAGAAGCAUAAGUAAAUUAAACUGUAUAGUUUUAUGUUUACAAUUGACAUUAAACAUAUCCAAAAUUUGCAAUGUGUAUAAUCAUGUUUUGAACAUUUAUUGUUAGGUUAUAGUAUUAUUAAUAAUAAAACAUUAAAGA